CAACUUGAAGUACACCACUUGUUCUUGAUUUUCUGUUCUCUCUCUCUCUCUCUCUCUCAAGAUCCAUAGCCACCUCCGCACAAACAAGAACUUUUAUCACUCUGCUCUGCAAACUUUACCUUCCUUUUCUUUCUUCUUUUUCUUUUCUUUUCUUUUUUUUUGUUUCUUCUCCUCUUGUUUUUAAACAGCUGUCAUAAAGAAAAUAUAGAAAUAGGAGUAGAGAUCAUCGCCACUGCUUUAGAUUCUCUAAAAUUUAGUAUUGUCCGCUUUAAUUAUACAAUACCCAUUUCGCCUUGAUCUGUAAUUGUUCUUUUCCAGCUUCUGCAUUUUAGUCUCCUCCGCCAUAUUUUUUGGCCACACACUCUCCUAUCUACCCCUUUUCUCUGUCUCUGUUGCCUCUCAAAGUUAAGCCUGUUUUAAAUUUACUCACUUUGGCUCUAGAAAAUUUAAAGUUUACUGCUUUAUAAGCUUUGCACUAAUUUUCUUUUUUAUCUUAACACAGCAGUGUGUUUGAGGCAGUUUAGUUUUCUGGGUCUUUUUCUUUCUGUGGAAUUCGGUUUCAGCUUUGUUGGGUCUUCCUGAUCCCAACUUUAUUAGUCUGGUUUAAUCUUAUUUGGCCUUGGUUAAACUGGGUUUGAGCUUGCUAAUUUUUCCUUUCCUUCUGAUUGGAGCUGCGGUGCAACAUCUUUUUGAUUAAUCACUGUUGACGUUUUUGAUGCUUUGUUGCUAAGAUGCAGCCUGAUCAACGAAAGAAGUCAUCUGUUGAUGUAGACUUUUUCACUGAAUAUGGUGAGGGGAGCAGGUACAGAAUAGAGGAAGUUAUUGGUAAAGGAAGCUAUGGUGUUGUUUGUUCUGCAUAUGAUACACAUAUUGGAGAAAAGGUUGCAAUAAAGAAAAUAAAUGACAUCUUCGAACAUGUUUCUGAUGCCACCCGCAUACUUCGAGAGAUUAAACUUCUCAGGCUCCUGCGUCAUCCAGAUAUAGUGGAGAUCAAGCACAUUUUGUUGCCUCCUUCCAGAAGGGAAUUUAAGGACAUAUAUGUUGUCUUUGAGUUGAUGGAAUCUGACUUACACCAAGUUAUUAAAGCAAAUGAUGAUUUAACUCCAGAACAUUAUCAGUUCUUUCUUUAUCAACUUCUCAGAGGCCUGAAAUACAUACACACAGCCAAUGUCUUUCAUCGGGAUCUAAAACCAAAAAAUAUCUUAGCAAAUGCAGACUGCAAGCUGAAGAUCUGUGACUUUGGGCUUGCAAGAGUAGCGUUUAAUGAUACCCCGACAGCCAUUUUCUGGACAGACUAUGUUGCAACAAGGUGGUAUAGGGCUCCUGAAUUGUGUGGAUCAUUUUUCUCAAAGUAUACACCAGCAAUAGACAUAUGGAGCAUUGGAUGCAUCUUUGCUGAACUUUUGACAGGGAAACCUCUUUUCCCUGGGAAAAAUGUAGUCCAUCAACUGGAUCUAAUGACUGAUCUGUUGGGAACGCCAUCAGCUGAAGCCAUUGCCAGGGUGCGCAAUGAGAAAGCUCGAAGAUACUUAAGCAGCAUGCGGAAGAAGAAGCCUAUUCCUUUCUCCCAGAAGUUUCCUAAUGCAGAUCCCCUUGCACUUCGUUUGUUGGAAAAAAUGUUGGCAUUUGAACCCAAGGACCGACCCACUGCUGAAGAGGCUCUUGCUGAUCCAUAUUUUAAGGGUUUGGCCAAAGUUGAGAGAGAGCCUUCUGCUCAACCAGUUACUAAGAUGGAAUUUGAAUUUGAGAGACGAAGGAUAACUAAGGAAGAUGUACGAGAGCUCAUAUACAGAGAAAUUUUAGAGUACCAUCCUAACAUGUUGAAAGAAUACUUAGAAGGUGCGGAGCCAACAGGGUUCAUGUAUCCAAGUGCUGUUGACCAUUUUAAGAAGCAAUUUGCUUACCUUGAGGAGCACUAUGGAAAUGGUGCAACUGCUGCUCCACCUGAGAGGCAGCAUGCAUCCUUGCCGAGGCCGUGCGUGUUAUAUUCAGAUAAUACAGUACAGAAUUCACUGGAAGUCUCAAAUGAUCUUUACAAAUGCUCUAUCAAAGAAAUUGGGAAGCCACAUAUGGACCAAAAUGGUGGGAUCCCAAUGACAAGGCUUCCUCUUCAUGUUCCUCAAAGUAUACAAGCAGGUGCUGCAAGACCUGGGAAAGUUGUUGGUUCAGUAAUGCGUUAUAACAAUUGUGGGGUGGCGGCAACAGCAGAAGCUCAUGAACAACGACGGGUGGUCAGAAAUCCAACUAUUUCAACUCAAUAUACUGCUUCAAACUGUUCAUAUCCUAGAAGAAAUCCAGUCUGUAAAAAUGAAAGGAGAGAAGAUGAAGGGGUUGAAGGCUCUAAUGGAUUGCAGCCAAAGCCUCAGUACAUGGCCAGGAAAGUUGCUGCUGCCCAAGGUGGAUCUGGGAAUCACUGGUACUGAUGAUGUGGGCAUGUGGUAAACUAGAAUGCUCGACUGGCUAUAACCAACCUAAUGUUGACAGUCAUCGGAGCACAUUUAAUUGGAUUGAUCUUGCUGCCAAAGUGAAUUUAUAUGUUUCUACUGCUGUAAUUUAGUGGUGUUUUCCACCAGCUCAAUUGCUUGAGAAGAUUUGAGGGCUGAGACUUCUGUUGUAGGAUGUUAGGCAGCAAGUUGUUAUUUAUAACGUUAAUUUAUGGUUGACUAGGUUCUUUGGUGCUUACCAUUCAUGACCUUAUAGCUCUCUGAUUUAACUCAAUAACCCAGAUACAGGGAUGUAUGAUAUCAUGAAUGAGGAAAGGCAAACGGAUCUGUUGACUUGCCCAGUUCAA